AUGCAUUGGCGCAAGGCACAAAGCAUUAGCCCUUCCAAUGCGCCCCCUUUGCCUAUUCUCCAAGUGGUGACCCCUCUGGUCGACAGCCCGCCCUUUGGAGUGUCCAACAUUAAGCCCAACAAGAUUGGCCACUUCUGGACCGGUGCCGGCGACAAUAACCACAAGGACUUCCUGGUGACUGACACAUUUGGGACUAUUAUUCACAUCUCGGAUGUUCCUACAAGUGGCAACUCUCCUCAUCACUUGGGUUCCUCCUUGGACGGAAAGACGCUGGUUGGCGGUGGAUUGCUGUCUCUGCUCAAGACGCAAGAUACUGCGUUCUACUGGGAUUCCAGUGAUCCCCAUCACCCCAAGUUCUCUCACAGUAACCGGGCUCUGCUGAGUUCCAUCACUGACGAGAUUCGAGCCAAGCCAGAAGGCGGAUUCUUCAUCACCUACAUGGGUAGCGCUGUGGGAAGCUCACCGGGACGCCUUGUCGAGACUGACGCCAACGGUCACAUCAUCCAUGAGUGGCCAGAAGACGUCGAGGGAACUCUCAACGUUCUCGGUGAACAGUUCACGCCACAUGGCCUAAGCAUCGACUUCAAGAACAACAUUAUCCUCACCUCGGACUUUGUUGUUCCGCUCAGUAUUCUCAAACCCGUCUCGGUUCUGGGCAUCCAGAAGGCAAACACCAUUCCUCAUGGCAGUGGCAUCCAAGACGUAAAGUUUAUUCCUGGCAACAAAGAGAGCGCCGCCCUAGCAACGGCGGUCAACCCGGGCCAGGUCUGGAUUAUCUACCCUUUCCGAAAAGACUCCAACGGCAAGCAGGGCGUUGCCGAGCUUCUCUAUGAGCUCGGCGACAAGGCAAAGGACUCUGUGGCCAUUUACUCCGACAUUAGUGAUGACGGAAAGCUGGCAUACUUUACUCUCACGCUCGGUAACCAAGUCGCGGCUUCGGACAUUUCCGACCUGGAAAAUGUCAAGCGCCUUGACAACCCUGAUGAGACUCAGCCAAUUAUCGGGCCUCACUAUGUCAAGAUUUCCCCCGACAAGGAAAACCUUUUGGUCACCGGAUAUUUCGUCCAGGCAGGAGACAUUUCCGUCCUAAACACACCCGGAGACUACAAGGGCCACUGGAUCGACAUUCUUCCCGACGGCACACUGAGCUUCAACAGAACCAUCGAGUUUGAAAAUAUCUUUACUAAGACCAGAGGCGGCGCUCGCCCUCAUAGUGUCGUCAUCUUCGACUUGACUGACCCCGCGAACCCGAGAUAUUACUGA